GGCCGAAAGAGGCUCUGGGACCAUAAAAAAAAACGUCAGCGAGGGGUCCGCUCUGCCCACCCCGCCCUGGGGCUCCCCGCUGUGGUGGCCGCGGUCGGCCGGCACCCGCCAUUGCCGCCGCCAAGAGUUCGCCUCUGUCAGCGCCCGGCGGCGCGCGGGACGAGCAGCGCGCGGCCCCGCGUCCCCAGCAGAAUAAACGGGAGCGGCGACCCCGGGAUCCGAACCCGGGAUCAACCCCCCGCGUCCCCUGUAACGUGGGGCAGGCGGACGGCGUCGCUCCCACACGCGCGGCCCCGCGAGCAACAACGUUGGGGCCGUUGUUGGGGCCGUUGGAGCCGUUGGGCCGCGCUCUCGGGGCGCUGUGAGGAGAGAGCCGAGGGGCCGAGCAGGAUGAGCUGCAGGGAGCGGGGCCGGGACCCCCGAUGGGAGCAGGGAGGCUGCGAUCAGAGGCCGCUCCUUUGUCCCCUAAGGAGAAGGGCUGCCAUCCAUCACCGCCCGCAGAUGGGGCGAGUGUGGUGCGAGUCGGGAUGAGAAGAGUGAACACGAGGUAACGCACGAGGCAGCACGAGAGAGCACCAAGGGGGUAUUCGGACGGUGAGGGAUCCGCUCGGGGCUGCUGGGCCCUUAUCCCAGCCCGUCCCGCUCCGUAUGUUGAGCUGCGGCCCACUCGCGUGCUGGUCAUGCAGGACAGAGCCCAACCGAACCGGCCCCUGUGCGUGUGGCCGCUGCCAUCUGCUGGGCCUGGCGUUCUUUGUAUCCCGUUCCUCAUCACAUUGGGUACUUGAUGAUGUUUGAAUUGAGCGAUGGGCACCCAUUGCCAGAACAUGUGGAAAUAAAGAAGACUAUGCAUGGAGAUGUGCCGGUAUUGAGGGUAGAGCCCUCAUAGCAAAGUAACACCUGCAGAAACAUUGUUCCUGAGCAGCACUCUGCACUGGAUACUUUGUUUGAGCUGUUGCAAAGCCCAGACGGGCCGAUGCCCACCGCCAUUUUCCAAACGAAACUCCUCGGAUCAGCAAAGGACCUCGCCAUGAACCUGCUCUUGUAGCAUUUACGAUGCUUUCCCCCCAUUGCUUCUGAAAGAGACGAUGUGCUUCCCCUGCCGCCCCAUGCAUGAAAAGGCGAAGGUAUGUCCUGCAUGUUGUGUACUGGAGAAUAAAUGUGUGGAAGCUCAGAACUUGAUCUGCUGUUAUUACUGCUUGUCUCCAGUAACCACCAAAACCUCUUGCAAUGGUGUUGCUUUGAAGGCUGCCGCAAACGUGGCUGAGUCUGCCCCCUACUGCUUCUGAGCCAGGAACUGAGCCAGAUUUGAAUUCCACUGUCUUUAUGGGUCCCUUCAAGGUAUUCUAUGGUGCUAUGAAAGGAAAUGCAUCUGAUGGCUCCUAUGAGCAGAACGAAUCCAGCAGCAAAAGGAGCUCCAGGAGAUGCGGAGCUGUGCCAUGCAGUGCUUGGACCACGUGGCGUUCAUCAGUGGACGUUCUUCCCUUCAGAAUGUGAUGAAUGCCUGUAUGAAAGCUUUCCUGAGCUUCCCUUGGAGGAAGUGCCAGAAGCUGAUGGAGAGGCUGCAAACGCCCAGUGCCCAGCAUCUGUCAGCAUCCAGGAGCCGUCCUCUCCAACCACCUCCAGCGAAGCUUUCACACCAAAGGAGAGCUCUCCUUACAAGGCUACGAUAUACAUUCCCGAUGACAUUCCCAUUCCUUCUGAAUUUGAGCUCCGAGAAUCCAACAUUCCUGGAGCAGGAUUAGGGAUAUGGACCAAAAGGAAGAUUGAAGUAGGAGAAAAGUUUGGCCCUUUCGUAGGAGAGCAACGGCCACACCUCAAAGAUCCCAGUUACGGUUGGGAGAUCUUGGAUGAGUUUUGCAAUGUGAAGUUCUGCAUAGACGCCAGCCAACCAGAUGUAGGAAACUGGCUCAAAUACAUCAAGUUUGCUGGAUGCUACGAUCAGCACAACCUUGUUGCAUGUCAAAUAAGUGAUCAGAUAUUCUACAGAGUUGUGGCAGACAUUGAGCCAGGAGAGGAGCUAUUACUGUUCAUGAAGAGUGAAGAUUAUUCACAUGAAACAAUGGCUCCGGACAUUCACGAGGAGCGCCAGUAUCGCUGCGAGGACUGCGACCAGCUCUUUGAGUCCAAGGCUGAGCUGGUGGACCACCAGAAGUUCCCCUGCAGCACACCACACUCUGCAUUCUCCAUGGUGGAGGAGGAUUUCCAGAAAAAGCUUGAGAAUGAGAACGAUCUUCGGGAUGUGCACGAAAUCCAGGAGUGUAAAGAGUGUGAUCAGGUCUUCCCGGACUUACAAAGCCUGGAGAAGCACAUGCUGUCCCACAGCGAGGAGCGGGAGUACAAGUGCGACCAGUGCCCCAAAGCUUUCAACUGGAAGUCCAACUUGAUACGUCACCAAAUGUCGCAUGACAGCGGCAAGCACUACGAGUGUGAGAACUGUGCCAAGCAGGUUUUCACGGACCCCAGCAACCUCCAGAGGCACAUUCGUUCCCAGCAUGUUGGGGCUCGUGCUCACGCUUGUCCAGAGUGUGGCAAAACGUUUGCCACAUCUUCAGGCCUCAAACAACAUAAACACAUCCACAGCAGUGUCAAACCCUUUAUAUGUGAGGUCUGCCAUAAAUCCUAUACUCAGUUUUCAAACCUUUGUCGUCAUAAGCGGAUGCACGCGGACUGUCGCACCCAGAUCAAGUGCAAGGACUGCGGGCAGAUGUUCAGCACUACCUCCUCUCUCAACAAGCACCGGCGCUUCUGCGAGGGCAAGAACCAUUUUGCAGCAGGAGGAUUUUUUGGUCAAGGCAUUUCACUUCCUGGAACCCCAGCUAUGGAUAAAACGUCCAUGGUUAAUAUGAAUCAUGCAAAUCCGGGCCUUGCUGACUAUUUUGGAGCCAAUAGGCAUCCUGCUGGUCUUACCUUUCCAACAGCUCCUGGAUUUUCUUUUAGCUUCCCCGGUCUGUUUCCUUCAGGCUUGUACCACAGGCCACCUUUGCUACCUACUAGCUCUCCUGUUAAAGGACUACCAAGCGCAGAUCAGACAAACAAAAGUCAAAGUCCCCUCAUGAGCAACCCUCAGAUACUGCCAGCCACCCAGGAUAUUUUGAAGGCACUAAAUAAGCAACCAUCUGUAGGGGAAAAUAAGCCAGUGGAGCUUCAACCAGAGAGGUCCUCUGAAGAGAGGCCGCAUGAGAAACUCAGUGACCAGUCAGAGAGUAGUGACCUUGACGAUGUCAGUACCCCCAGUGGCAGUGACCUGGAAACCACCUCUGGCUCUGAUCUGGAAAGUGACAUUGAAAGUGAGAAAGAGAAAUAUAAAGAAAAUGGUAAAAUGUUCAAAGACAAAGUAAGCUCUCUGCAGAGUUUGGCUUCAAUAAAUAAUAAGAAAGAACACAGCAAUCAUUCCAUUUUCUCACCAUCUUUAGAGGAGCAGACUGCGGUGUCAGGAGCGGUGAAUGAUUCUAUAAAGGCUAUUGCUUCUAUUGCUGAAAAAUACUUUGGUUCAACAGGACUUGUGGGGCUGCAAGACAAAAAAGUUGGAGCCUUACCUUACCCUUCCAUGUUUCCCCUCCCAUUUUUUCCAGCAUUCUCUCAAUCAAUGUAUCCAUUUCCUGAUAGAGACUUGAGACCGUUACCCUUGAAAGUGGAACCCCAAUCACCCAGUGAACUCAAGAAGAUCCCAAAGGGAAGCUCUGAGUCUCCCUUUGACCUCACCACUAAGCGUAAGGAGGAGAAGCCCGUUACUCCCAUACCCUCAAAGCCAGCAGCUCCGCCUGCGGCAAGCCAGGACCAGCCUCUAGAUCUGAGCAUGGGCAGUAGAAGUCGAGCCAGCAGCACAAAACAGGCAGAGCCCCGGAAAAACCACGUCUUUGGUGAGAAGAAAGGAGGUGAUCUCGAGCAGAGGAAAACGUCGGAGGCCUCUUUGCAGCACGCCCGACCGACUCCCUUCUUUAUGGAUCCCAUUUACAGAGUAGAGAAAAGAAAGUUAACUGACCCACUCGAAGCUUUAAAAGAGAAAUACUUGAGACCUUCCCCGGGAUUCUUGUUUCAUCCACAAUUCCAAUUGCCUGAUCAAAGAAUUUGGAUGUCAGCUAUAGAAAACAUGGCUGAAAAGCUGGAGAAUUUCAGUGCUUUGAAACCAGAGGCCAAUGAGAUGAUCCAGUCAAUGCCAUCCAUGUUCAACUUCCGAGCCCCGCCAAGUGCUCUGCCUGAGACCCUCCUGCGCAAGGGCAAGGAGCGCUACACCUGCAGAUACUGUGGCAAGAUUUUCCCCAGAUCUGCAAACCUAACCCGUCACCUGAGGACGCACACUGGAGAGCAGCCCUACAGAUGCAAAUACUGUGACAGGUCCUUUAGCAUAUCUUCCAACCUGCAGAGACAUGUCCGUAAUAUCCACAAUAAAGAGAAGCCAUUCAAGUGUCACUUGUGUGACAGGUGUUUUGGUCAACAAACCAAUCUUGACAGACAUCUAAAAAAGCAUGAGAAUGGCAACAUGUCUGGUACUGCAACAUCUUCACCUCACUCAGAACUGGAAAGCACAGGGGCCAUCCUAGAUGACAAGGAAGACUCUUACUUUACAGAAAUUAGGAAUUUUAUUGGAAACAGCAACCAUAACAAUCAAUCCCCCCGAAACUCAGAGGAGAGAAUGAAUGGCAGCCACUUUAAGGAUGAAAAAGCCAUGGUAACCAGCCAGAACUCAGAUUUGUUGGAUGAUGAAGAGGCAGAAGAUGAAGUAAUGAUGGACGAAGAGGAUGAAGAAAGUGAAAUUGCAGGGAAAACAGUCAAAGAGCCUGUUACAAGUGACAUACACGAGGGGACUCCUGAGGAGGAUUAUGAGGAAACGAGUACUUUGGACAUGAACUGCAAAGCUUCCCCUGGCAGGUAUAAAGAGGAGGAAUAUAAUAAGACUGGACUUUCAGCUUUGGACCACAUAAGGCACUUCACAGAUAGCCUCAAAAUGAGGAAAAUGGAAGAAAAUCAAUAUAGUGAAGCUGAAUUGGCAGCUUUCAAUACUUCCCAGCUGCCAGAGGACCUAAAACAACCAUUGUACAGGAAAUCCAAAUCCCAGGCGUACGCCAUGAUGCUCUCUCUCUCCGACAAGGACUCCCUUCAUUCUGCAUCCCACAAUUCUCCCAAUAUGUGGCACAGCAUGGCGAGAGCUGCUGCAGAAUCCAGUGCCAUCCAAUCCAUCAGCCACGUAUGACAUUGUGAAGUCUUACCGAGAAUGGGACCAAGUCCAAACCAGUAGCAUGGCUCUUUCAUAUAUGACUAUUUAAAAGACUGCUGAGCAGAAUGCCUUAUAAAUCUGCAGGGUCACUCAUUUAAAGUCCGGUGACCUUAAACUGAAUAAUUUUAAAAAGAAAGAAACUAUUUAUUCUCAAUAUUUUGUUUUGCACAGCAAAGGCAGCUGCUGACUUCUGGAGGAUCAAUGCGACUUAGGAAAAAUAAAAGGAGUUUCAGUGGAUUAUGUAAACCGGGGCCGGGAAAAAGUGUCUUCCAGUUCACCCGGCUUUGAGAGGCAGGGGCAAAAGGGUUAAGACUGCAUUGAUACACACAUGGGCACUCCUUUAAAGUAGUAACUGAAUUGAUUUUCUUUUUGUAUAAAAUAGUUUGACACAGGAUUGGGAACAGUUGCUUUUAUGUACAAAUCUCUUCAUUAAAGCUUUAUGCAUUUUAGCCCUUCAAAGAAAGAAAGAAAGAAAAUAGUUAUAUGAGAUGCACACUAUCCAUCAUCAACGUAGGAAGAAGUAACAGGGAGUAUUUUGUUCUCUCCGUAAUUCUUUUGCCUUCUCAACUGCAUUGUUAAGGAAAAAAACAAAAAAAAGGAAAAAUGAGAAAAAAAGAAAAAAAAAAAAAAAGAACAAUGAGAAACAAAACAUAGGAGGCUUGUGUAUAUUGUAAACUAUGAAUGUUCACUGCUCCAAGAAGCUGAAAUCAUCCCAAUAAUUCCGUGAAAGCACCGCGUCCAUCGACAGCACCACUACUUCCAAUCAUUGUCAUGAGAUUUUAAGUUUAGACAAUCAUGUCGCUCUUCUGUUGUGUCACUUCCUUUCCCCCUUCCCUCUCAUUUCUUCUUUGUGUUGUGUGUACCAGGUAUUUAUUUGUUGGCAAACAAAUGUUUGUUGAUUAAAAUAGCACUGUUCCUGUAACAAACAGCACUGCUCCAGUCCCCCGCUGCGCUAUGAUGUAGGCACCCAUGUACUUAAAAAAAAACCACACCAGUGAGGUGAACUGAUCUGUGUAUAUGGGAGUGCAAAACAGUGUUUGAUAUUUUCUUACAUUCCUCUUUUAUUUUAUUUUAUUUUUUCCUUUUAAUGAACUGAAUAACUGAUAGAUGCGACUUAGUUCUUUUUUGUUUUGUAAUACGGUAAAUUGAUUCAAUUGUAUAAACAGUUAUAAUUUCUUCAUGAAAGCAUGAUUCUUCUGAUUAAAAACUGUACCCAAUAUUUUAUGCUGGUUGUCUGCGAGCUUGUGUGAUGUUAUGUUCAUGUUAAUCCUAUUUGUAAGAUGAAGUGUUCCAAAUUUAUGUUUAAAAAGAAAAUAAAUAAAGAACGGAAGGCA